GACGCUUUACAUCAAUGGUGUGGAGGGAACAGCGGGAAGUCCCUUUUACGUCGCACUGAGAACACUACAGCUAUUACAUUCCGUUAAAGGAAACGGUCUCGGGCGAAACCUCUCUUUGCUGCCAAACACGGGUUAUUGAGUGCUCAGCUUCAGUUCACCCCGGUUACAGACCUGUUAAAUGUUUGCACAUUUUUUGAUCGCGUCUUGCAGCCCAUAUCCCCAUAUUUCCGUAUCCCCAAUUUGAGUCUCUUCCUUUGGCAGCUUAUGAUGGUUCUGUCCGUGUUCUGCUGCACACCACCACACAACCACCAGGCUUCCGUUCAGCCUCCCCUCACUUCUACCGUCACGUCACCAUGGCUUCUGCCAGCGAACUUCCUCCAAACCAGUCACUACUAGAUGAUCCCCAAGAGCUAGACUCUACACCGCCGUCUAUACUCGCCGACCGCGUUGCUGCUGACGGGACCAAGGAGAUUGAAUUGGCGGAGCGACCCUUAUCUACUUUUGAACGAGUCUUUUCCACACACACCCCCAUAUUCGAAUCCUUCCUCCUCCAGGCCCCGACAGAUACCAUCUUCCAACUCUACCAUACGUCACGUUUUCUUAGAAGUCUUCUCAGGUCCUACCCAACAGCAUGGCAAUACCUCUCUUUCCGGCUACUCUUUCAGUCUGGCACCCAGGUGCGGCCAGCAUCAGGUGGAACGGACGGUGCGUCAACACAGCGACAACCAUACGCUCUUGAUCAGUUGCUCCUCCAGGUAAUCCUACCAUUCAGCCCGACUUUAAGGAGCUUAGAUUUGGAUAAUACACUGGUGAAUGGGCAAAAUCUCACUUCCACCGUGCUGAAUAUGCGGAGGGAUACUCUUGAACACCUUUCUGUGCGGGGUUGUAAGAACGUGUCCUUGAAAUACCAUAUUAUUCCGUACCUCACCAUGUUCAAGCUUCAAUAUGAUGCAGAAAUCAAUCAGAGAGGUAGAAGUCCCUCCCCAGUGAAGCGGCUUGCGCUUAAGAGCCUAUACGCAUACCGAUGCCGCCACCAUAGACGACGCCCUUAUUUAUCAUCGUCUCUACUCCGCCGGGAUUCAGACUCAGAGCCAACGCAUGAUUUCGUCAUGCUGUGCCAUAAAUUGGGGAUUUGGACGGAUACUGCGUGGUGCACUACCCCUGCGGCACGCUGUUUUAGGAGAAGGGGUUACGUCUCGUCAAGGUCACCGCAAGGGACGAGGGAGGUAUGGGUCGUGUUUGACAGGCUGUGGAGAUCAAAGAACUGGAUUGGAUCAAUAAAUGAGAGGGAUAAACCCCCGAAACGCGAUGGACGGCUAUGGGAGCACGACGAAACAGGCUGCUUCGGGGAAGCGUUGGGUACGGCUGAUGGCCCUGAACAUGGUGAAGGGAAAACCGUUCCUACCCAUUUACGGAAAAGCCAUAGGCGGUUUAUAGAGAAUAUUACUUGUGAUGAGUGCGACGAGGAGAUUCUGGAGAGAUGCGAACAAUGUAGCGUUUUAAUGCACUGCGUUGGCUGUCGCAAGACUCUAUGUGCUAGCUGCGCAUUCGAUCGCCACUAUCCUCGAAGAAAACCGGGGGAAGGUGCUGUCGUUGAACACUCAUGGUGGGCACCUGGAACGGCAGUGUCCCCGUGUUUUAUGCAGGAAGACCAGGACCCAAAUGCAGCGAAUACCAACAAUCAGGGUCCUCCUGCUCUCGCCUACCCUAACCUGAAAUUUCAUUGGUGCUGUACUGAGCCUGCAUUUAGUGGAGGCGGUGGGAUCAGCCUUGGGGUAGCUAACCGAGAAGUCGACCGGCUCCGAGCAACACCUCUCCCACGUGGUCAGGGGUGGGAAGAUCCUGAACUCUCCACCAAUGAGUGGCUCAAGACUUUCCCUAAGGAUGCAUAUGGAAAUCCACCCGACCAUGAUCGUCCGGAAGGCCAUGCGGAAAUGAUACGCUGGUUGCUUGGGCCGCCAGACUACCAGGCUUCUAUAUGCCCUCGAAAUCUCUGCCAGCAAUGUUUUGAUAGGCCACAGUGGAAGGUACACUGUAAGAGCUGUACCAAGCCACUGUGCAUGGAACAUGAUCUACGAGGCUUACGCCUUCGAAUAUGUGGUUACCGGGAUCUUGUUAUGGAGAAGACAAAUCUUGCAAGCACCCAAUCGCCUACUGCUGACAAAAUAUCGGAGACUCGAAGUACACCCCCAGCAACGGAUUCAGACCCAUCUCGCACAAUCAGAGGCCGACCUGCUGCAGAAUAUCCUGCUUCAUCUCCCCGCUUCAACCUAGCUCUGAUAAAUGUGCUCUCCACUCAAUUAUCGCACGGCUCUUCCUCGAGUAGUGAACCUGGCCCUUCCAGCACUCUUUCCGACAAUCAAGCCGCCGUCCAUCAUAGUUCUACGGUCCAAACACCCGCCUCCAUCUCACAAAGCCAUAGCCGCUCCUCAUCCCCCGCCUCCGUUUACUUUGAAGCAUCCCCUGAAGUCCGCAAAAAGUGGCUUGGUUGCCAAUCGAUCUUUUGCCCGCAGUACCGUGCAGUUGGUGACCAGCGCCAACGCUGCUCUAGCGUGCUACGGGAAUGCACGUCGUGCUCAAUACACGUAUGUCAAGACUGUAUACAUCAAAACCCACCCUGCACAUGUUCCUACUGUCACCUUAACUAUCUAUGCCCCAACUGCUAUCGCGCCAAAGAGCUUGACGGCACUUGCCGCCGGAUCGAGGAGGAGCGAUUGCAGCGCGAGGAAAAGCAGAAACGCGACUUAGAAAUGAUCGAGAUAGCCAUGGAGCGCAACCUGGCUAAUGAGGUCGCGUCGUUUGCGGGGCAAUUCUUUAUGGGACUGACGCGCAACCUCAAUGAGAGUGAGAAUCAGAAUCAAGAUGCUGGCAACGGUGGCGGUGUUGGCAGUAGUGGUCAUGGUGAUGAUUUUAUGACCGCGCCUGAACCGGCACCCCAGACUUCUGCCUCUGCGCCGCCUGGCAGUAACAGUAACCAUACCGACAACAAUGACAAUAACAGUUAUAAUCAAGCCCAGAACCCGAUCUCGACACAGCCAUCGAGCCAUCUCCAUAUAACCCAAGCUGGUCCGAUUCCAAUUGCGAAUGACGAUUAUGAUGAUAACGGCAGCGGAUCAGAGCAGACCGAGGUUUUGGUCGAAUGAAAUUGAAGAACUGACAUAGACUUGUGUCAACCCUUCUGUAUUUCCUGUUUCUCUACAACCUUCCUCAUUACUUCAUCUUUUCAUGAUAUUGUUUUCUAUCUCAACUUAUUACGUUUAGCAUAGCGAUGCUUAUAUGCCAUUUCUUCUAUUCUUUCUUUUGUAUUUUCUUUCCACACUUCUUCCCUGUCUUUUCUUCACGAUGAAGCCGCCUUGAUCUAGGCCACAUUAUAUUUCUUCUUAUUCUUUCUAAUAUUUUCUCUCUAACGUCAGUUGCGUGAUGGACGAAAUGGUUAUCUUUUACACGUUGAUAUAAGUGGCGGCUGACAUUCCAUCUGAUUCAAUUUCCCUUUGUUAUUUUGUCUGGCUCAGGUUUUGCUUUCAUAAUAUACUUACUUGUCUGGCGUAAGAGCCCCCCGCCCCUUCCUCUUUUUUUCUUUCACCCUCAACCCUUUUCAUUUCCUCUUCCCCUUCGCCCUCUCUUUCUCUGCCCAGCGUGUAAACUUGCCUUUUCCAAUCUUAUCUCUCUUCUCCCUUCCAGUACCCAGUAUACCUGAUGAUGACGAACAAGACGAAAAACAAUAACAAACGCAAAUGUAUUCAUCUUUGAGUUUUUAAGACAUGAAGAGCAAAAAUGAAGAAGAUGCAUGUGCAUUGUCACCGUGAAAUUUGGGUUUUUUUUUUUUCUUUUUCCCUUAAUGAAUCUUACAUGUUUUAAUGUUUUAUUUUCAAAUCAUAUCCCCGGAAUCCUUAACACGUGGUCGGUGGCUCUCUCUCCUAUAUGCCUGACUAUAGAUGUGGUUGGAAGAAAAGCUGCUGCAAGCAAAAUGAGAAGGAAAGGCGUUACUAGAUAUCUUUCUUCUCUUUUCUUCGCUUCUUUGGCUUUUAAAAAGUAACUUGUUGAGAGUCCAGUUUGUCUUUCCAAUAGUUAUAUUCCUUAUUCAAUGUAAUUAUUUGGCAAUUAAAUACAUAAUUACUACAUGAACGUCAGUCACAUUCGCUAUUAAGAUGUCCAAUCACGUAUUAGGACCAUCACUGGCCCUUUGAUCCCUACCGCUAUCCGGCCCUGGACGCGGCCGCUGCCCACAAAGUCUUGCUGGCAAUAUGGAAAUAGAUUUAUACAAAACAAAACCAAAAAUGACAUUUUCGUCAAACCAGAA